GGGCACCUGCCCCUUUCGAUAACCGUAACUUAAUAGAGAAAAGUGGAUCUGUAACAAAUGGGUUUUAUUAUCGCGGGGUGCUCCUUGUAGUAACCCCCGAGCUCCUCGAGGUUACAGCGACCCAGGUGAGGUGCUGUAUAGGUCAGGGCAGAAACAUGCAGGACGGUUUCCACAGGAACCUUCUUGCCCUUAUCAAAGAUGGCUGCCGCCGUCCCGCCUCCCUAGCCUGGGCUGGGAGGGUCUAGCCGCAGCAGCUGUAAGGGCAAGUCCUUUCUCUGGGCUGCCGAGCGCACGUCUCUUCCUCCCCACCUGCUUAGCCCGCCUUUUGUCUAUCCCUGGCUGCUGCUCCCCGGGCGGGGACGGGUCAGUGAGUGGCUCAGGGCUUGUUUCCCCUUGAGCCCCUGGGGGCUCCCUCAGCUCUCCCCUAGCCUGCUCCCAGCAGCCUCAGCAUGACUGAGGCUACAGCCUGGCCCGGGAGCAUCCCAGCUCCUGUUGCUAGGUGUGAGUCAGGAGGAGGAAAAGGAGAGGGAGACGCUGAGGAAGGUCCGAAAGGAAGGAGACAGGGAGCCGCUAGAGCCCGGUGGAAACUGCUCAGAGAGGUUCUGAAGAAAAAACACUUGGAGGAUGUGCAUCUUCGACAAGCAUCUAUAAGAAGGUUUGCAUCGUUCAAUCUCUUUUCAGCAGAAGCCUGCAAAAGGAUUACAGAAGAGGAAACUGGGACUUGGGUUCAAUACACAAGUGUCUUUUAUCCUGAGUAUAGUGUCUCUUUAAGAUGUAACAAUGGACUUUUAGAUAUCGAAGAUGUUCUUACAAGUUUUGACAACACAGGGAAUGUCUGUAUCUGGCCUUCUGAAGAGGUGCUGGCUUUCUACUGCCUCAAGCAAAAUCAAAUGUUCAGGGACCUUGCUGUGUGUGAGCUAGGGGGUGGCAUGACAUGCUUGGCUGGGCUCAUGGUUGCUAUUUCUGCAGAUGUCAAAGAAGUUCUGUUAACUGAUGGAAAUGAAAAGGCCAUCAAAAAUGUAAGUGACAUCAUCAUCAGAAAUCAAAAUGCAGGAAUAUUUAAGGCUCAGACUGUAUCAAGCCGCGUUUUACGAUGGGAUAAUGAGACAGAUGUCUCUCAACUGGAAGGACAUUUUGACAUUGUUAUGUGUGCUGACUGCCUGUUUCUGGACCGGUACAGAGCUAGCCUUGUUGAUGCAAUAAAGAGAUUACUCCAACCCAGUGGGAAAGCAAUGGUAUUUGCUCCACUCAGAGGGAAUACUUUAAACCAGUUUUGCAAUCUAGCUGAAAAAGCUGGUUUCUCUGUCCAAAGACAUGAAAAUUAUGAUGAACAUAUUUCGAACUUCCACUCCAAGUUGAAAAAAGAAGAAAAAGAUACAUAUGAAGAAAACAUCCAUUACCCCUUUCUUCUUGUUUUAACCAAACAUGAAUAGAAGAUGAAAUAUUUUUUUAAAGGACAAAUUAAAACUAAUGAUAUGUGUGUGUGAUUUAUUUUUUCUGAGUGGCUAUCAUAAAAUAUGAUAAGGAAAAUGUGUUUCAUUUAUUGCAGUGAGGAAACCUUGUGAGACAUUCUGUAUGUCAUUUUAAGAACUUAUUUUUCUCAAUUAUAUUUCCACCUUAAAAAAAAUAUGUAUAUAUUUACAAAACUCUAUAGCUAGUUUUCCUUCUCUCUCAUGCCUUUCAGCUUGCGUGUUUGUUAAUCUCUCUAAACAUGAUUUCUUUGUUUGUAUUUGAAAACACAUGCAUCAUAUGCUUUGUGGUUGUAUUUGACCCGCUGAAAGUACUAACGGUUUCUCAUACACUUAGGAAGCAAAUAGUUUCCUCAAGAUCUUUAAAAAGUGCACACAUCAACUCAUAGAUUUUUCUUUUGCCUUUCUUGAAUUUUCCCUGUUGAUUUUUCUAUCCAUGCAAAAUUGAAAUGUUCUGACUUGUUUUGGUGAUUCCUUUUUUUUCCUUUUUUUUUUUUUGCAACAACAGGGUACUUUUUUCCACUGAAGAUAUAUAAAAAAUUAUGCAUCAGACAAAAGCCUCAUAAACUGACCAUUUGUCCUUUGGACACAAUAGCUUGCCCAGCCCUCUGCUCCUCCUCUCCAAUUAUGUGUGAUUAGUCUCAGUGUGUUGUGUCAAGAAGGGGGAGUGUGCUGAGUGCUUAUUAUCUGGUUAGGUACAAGAAGAGCACAUUUAGGCUCUGACUAUGAAUGAAAAGUGAGCCUUUAUCAGGACUAAAAUCUAACUGCUGCUGUUCUACAAACCUCUCUUUAAAAAUAGAUCUUGUCCUAAGACAUCCUGAACGCUAUGGCAACUAGGGAAUUUUCUUUUAAAUGCAAUCAAACAAUCAUCUUAUUCAAACUAGGUGUGUAUUGUGAUAUACUGUGGUUCAAAUGUUUUGUAAAUGUUUAAUAUAGCGCUGAGAAAGGACAGCUGUCCUACAAAGAAACAUGAUCAUAUUCUUCUUUUCUAAUGGUUUAAUAAAAUGUUCUAAUGAUUUCUUGAAA